UUGGUGUCAAAGUCAAAAACUGUCUAAUUUUUCGUUUUCAAUUUGUGUGUUCGCAUCAUAUUCUAUUCAUACAAUUUUCAUGUUGAGUUAAUAUGUAUUAGUUGCUACAAAAAUAUAUAGAGAUGCCGCCAACUGUUCAAACUAAUGAGCCCGAGCGCGAAAAACGUCCGCAGAGGACAGGUGAAAGAAGAUCUGAAUUAGUGACACGGGUCAAAUAUUGCAAUACACUGCCAGAUAUACCAUUUGAUUUGAAAUUUAUUACAUAUCCAUUUCCUUCGACGCGAUUCAUUCAGUACAACCCGACAUCUUUAGAGAAAAACUAUCGCUAUGAAGUGUUAACUGAGCACGAUUUGGGAGUGCACAUAGAUUUAAUAGACCGAGACAUAUAUCAGGGAGAUGGUAAUGCCACUUUGGAUGUAGCCGAUGAAAAGCUUUUGGAAGAUGAUGUUCUUACACCUCAAGACUCCAAAAGAUCUCGUCAUCAUGCUAAAAACGUAUCUUGGUUGCGACGCUCUGAGUACAUUUCAACUGAACAGACAAGAUUUCAACCACAAUCUAUGGAAAAGGUUGAAGCCAAAGUCGGUUACAAUGUUAAAAAGAUAUUCAGUGAAGAGACAUUGUAUAUGGACAGGGACAGUCAGAUUAAGGCCAUUGAAAAAACAUUUGAAGACAACAAAAAGCCCAUAGAGAAGCAUUACAGUAAACCUGGUGUGACACCAGUCGAGGUUAUGUCUGUAUUCCCUGACUUUGAUAUGUGGAAAUAUCCAUGUGCUCAGGUCAUCUUUGACACAGAUCCUGCACCAUCUGAUAAGAAUAUUGCAGGACAGAUUGAAGCCAUGUCACAAGCUAUGAUUCGAGGUGUGAUGGAUGAAAGCGGUGAACAAUUUGUAGCUUACUGUCUUCCGACUGAAGAAACUAUACAGAAACGUCGCCGUGAUGUCACGGAAGGCAUACCGUACAUGGAUGGUGAUACAUACGAAUAUAAAAUGGCGAGAGAAUACAAUUGGAAUGUCAAGAGUAAAGCCUCUAAAGGUUAUGAAGAAAAUUAUUUCUUGGUUGUCCGCAACCAUUGUGUGUACUACAAUGAGUUAGAGACUCGUGUACGUUUAUCGAAGCGUCGCGCAAGGGCUGGUGUGGCAGCGCAGGCUCUUACUCGUCUCGUGGUGACGCAUAGACCUCUUAGCGCGGCUGAGCAUCGCAUGCUAAGACUGAGGGAGAAACAGUUGGAACCCGCUCAGGAAGAAGAUGAAGAGGAGGAGGAGGAUGAAGAGGAAGAUGAGGAAGAAGAAAAACAGGAACAAAAUGAAGAAAAAGAAAGGUCACGUUCCCGUUCUAAAUCCGGAUCUAAAUCACCACAAGGUUCAGAACAUUCGAAGGAAUCCAACAGAUCCAGGUCAGCUUCCCGUGAAAAGUCUAGGUCAAGAUCCAAAUCGAAGUCUAAAUCUAGAAGCCGCUCGCGAUCUGCUUCUGGAUCACGGAAGUCUAGAUCCAGGUCUGGAUCUGCACAGUCUGGUUCUGCUAGGUCAGGAUCGGGCAGAUCUCGUUCUGGAUCUAGGGCAUCAUCUCGGGCGUCGUCGCGCGCUAGUUCUAAAAGCGGCAAAGGAUCUCGGGCCAGUUCAGCGAGCGGACGUGGCUCUAGAGCCAGUUCUAAAGCUAGCGGCAAGGGUUCAAAAGCUAGUUCUAAGGCAAGUUCCCGCGCCACCUCGCGCGCCAGCCGCAGAUCUUCUCGAGCAUCAUCACGCGCUUCUUCCAAAGCGUCAGAAUCUAAAGCAUCUUCUAGAGCUAGCUCGAGAAAGAACUCCGGAUCCGGUAGCGGUUCAGACAGGUCCAGAAGUCGGUCGGCAAGUGGUUCUAGACAGGGUUCCCGUAGCGGUUCAGCAUCGAGUGCCUCUUCGAAGCGCAGCGGCUCUGACUAAAUGAAAUCACAUCGCUUCAUUUGACAUAUCUACUAUCUUAUAAAUCAUUGUGUAACUUCAUGAAUUAUAUAAAAUCUGAAUAUAAAUAAAAUGAUUGACAUUUUU